UUGCUCUCUGCUGUUAGGGCUGAAUUUCAUUGAUCCGGGCAAAUCGCGACCGCCUCUGUGGUGGCUUCAAUUCUGCACGGAGAAAGCUACAGCCUGUGUGACAGAGCGAGCUCCCCUGUGAUGCAGCUGUUUAUCCAGGCUGUAGAAAACCCAGGACAGCCCCACGUCUGUUUUUAAAACGUUAAUAGGCGAGAAAUCAGCGGCUAUUUAUUAUUCAGCACGCGUUGGGAUUGCGUUUGACGAGCAGGAAAAGCCAUGCCAGUCCAUUCUCUGCCCCGCACACAGAGAGAACACACCACCGCUUUGAUUUUCUAAACCUGGUUUCCUUGUUGCUCUGGCUGAUGUGAUUUGUCUGCUUGUUUUUAUUCUUCUCAGUCGUGAUCUGUUCUUGCAGACCUGACCACUGUUUCUGCUUUUUGUUACGAGCGCGGAAGGCAAAUAUCAACUCGGUAAUAUUCUACAGAAGUGUGCGAGGAGAGGACAGCGUUGGCAUCUAUCCAUGCGCGCUCCAUGCCGAGCUAUUUCAUAUGGAACUGUGAGCCCAACAAGGUACUACACAUGGUUUCCCUAUCUAUACUUUCUCCAAGUGUAUUCAUGUAAGGACAAGGUAUUUUGAAGAUAUCUUUGUUAAAAUGCUCCGAGUGUGUGACUAACCCUAACCCACUGACGCAACAUCUCACAAACUGCACGAGAAACACAUGCGUAGAAGGGCGUGAACUUGCAGACACUUAAAGCAUCUGCUUAUCUAUAAAGCCACUUUACUCCUUGUGCAGUCCCCUAUCCGUCAUUCAUCUGAACUCAUCCCGGGGACAUAAUGGAUCUCAAAGCAGAGUCGGAGGACGCAGAGUACAAGCGCCCGGCUUCUAUUGAAGUUUUCGCCAGCAGGUCCACACUGCAUGGCAUCUCACACAUGUUCACUUAUGAGCGGAUGUAUGUCAAGCGCACCUUGUGGAUUUUGUUCUUCUUGAUCUCAUUGGGUGUGCUGUUGGUGGUGUGUGUGGACCGGGUGCAGUUCUACUUCCAGUACCCCCAUAUCACCAAGCUGGACGAAGUGUCGGCCUCUCAGAUUGUGUUCCCGGCGGUCACCUUAUGCAACCUCAACUCCUUCCGUUUCAGCCAGGUGACGCGCAACGAUCUGUACCACGCUGGGGAGCUCCUUGCCUUGCUCAACGGCAGGUAUGAGAUCCGGGACCCACACCUGGUGGAGGAAAAUGUUCUCCAAAUUCUCAAGGAAAAGGCUAACUUUGAGACCUAUAAGCCCCGCCCCUUCAACAUGCGGGAAUUCUAUGACCGAACAGGGCAUGAAAUCAAGGACAUGCUGCUUUCCUGCUCCUACAGAGGCUCUGAGUGCAGCACUGAAGACUUCAAAGUGGACGGCUGAGAUGAGUUCCCAGUGUUGAAGGUGAUGUGGCGAGAGGUGAUUCAGGCCUACUGAGCAGCAGUUCCUAAACCAGGAACUAAAGAAAGGUAGUCAAGCAGUUGCUUUCGCUAUUUACUAUUCGUCCCUUAUUUUAGUCCAAUAUGGUUAAAUAUAAGUCUAGAAGAGGAAAGAGCAAACCCUUUUUAAACUUCCUGAAUUUGCAUAUAUUCUACUGCAUACUUUAUUUUUUACGGUUUCUUUUAUCCUUUUAGAAACUUGUUUUAUUAAGAAACUAAUGUUAUCAACACUUGCAAUGGCUAAAAAAAAAGCAACAUAAUACAUACAUUCUACAUAAUGCAUUAAAAGGCAGAGCCCACUAGAACCCAGAGGUUUGUCUUUGUAUUUUCAAUGAUAAAGUGGAAUCUGCUUGGGAUAGGCACCCUCUUUUUCUUCAGUUACAUUUUCAACUCAGUCCUCAAUUCA